GAAUUAGGUAAAAAUAUAUAAACAUUGAAACGUUACAAACUAUUCUAGAAAAAAAAAUAACGACGGUUUGACCUGACAUCGUAAAUCAAGAUAGCUGAUUUGGAGCUGUAAUUCCGCUCAGGUUUUGUUUAGAAAUCCCUGCGUUUGAAACUUGGCAAGAAAAUGGUAUACUUGGGGCUAAAAUCUCACAAAUAACUCGGUAAUAGAAUUAAAUUUAAUGUGUAUGUUUCACCUGAAGGUCUCGGCAGUUUGAUUUUUUACGAUCUUUGACGAGCGUUUCAGCUAUCCAAGGAAUGCCGUGAUGAGUCGGUUGGGUCUAUUAACUAAAAUGUAAUUACAGAUAUUUAAUACGUUAUCCCGUAGAUCGGAAAAGGGACGCACUAGGCUGAAUGUCACUGAGAGCAAAUCCCUGCUUCACAAUUUGACCCUAUUUCACGAAUAAACAAAAACAAAAUUUUCAUUUAAUGGAUUUUACUCGUUAGAGGUAUGGAUUGGAAAAAGUCAGUGAUUCUGUUGGCUUUGUUUUGUGCUUUCCAUCUGAGGACGGCGUCUUGUUGCAAAUGUCCGGGGCCAGAACAUCCCCAGUGGCUGUACUGCAAGUCUGAUAUAGUGAUCAAAGCCUACAUAACCAACAUCACCCGAGUAUAUUCAAAGCAGGUACCCGGACGACCGAUCGGGAAUCACAUCCAUGUCCACAUUUACCAAAAGUUUAAGGGUGAAAGAAAGUUUAAAAAUAUCGACCACACCAAGAUUUACACACCGCUUGGCUGCAACAUAAGACCUCGUAUUGGACGGAAGUAUAUCAUGAUGGGUGUUAUAUUUGAGAAUGAGAUGAGGAUGACAAAGUGCAAUUGGAUGAAGAUGACACAUACCCUGAGUGACAUACAACAUCUUGGAUUGCGGAAACUUUAUAAGAGGAACUGUCGCUGCAUCGCCGAUAUUGGAACUGACAGUCCAUAUCACUUAAGCCCUAAGGAUAAGGGUUUUCGAGGUUGCACAUCAAGGAAAUCAAAACUGUUCGGUGUAGAUUGCUACGUCAAUCAUGCCGUCUGUGUUUACCGUUCAAAUAAGUGCCAGUGGAAAGGAAAAUUCCGAAAAAAACAUCGAGGAAAAUGAAGCUCCUUAUUGCAAAAAAUAUAAAAUAUCUCAGGGCAGCUUGUGCAUGAAUAUAUGAUGAAAAUUCAUAAAAACCUUUUACCCUUAAACAAUAUGAGUGACUCUCAGUCAGGAUCAGUUUCCUAUCUGGGUUGAUAUUUUAUGGCUAAGUUUGUUUAUUUCCUACGAGUCCUUUUAUUUGAGUUUUUGUGGCAUAUACUGUACGGAAUGUAUCACUACUGCAUGACUAUGAACUACAAUAUACAUGCAUAUAUAAAGCCUAGUUUACAAAGG